AUGCCGCGAGUUGCCAAGGAUGACAAGCCGAAAGACCGCAUGACAGCCUAUGCCUUCUUCCUGCAAGCGUGUCGCAAUGGGCAAAAGAAGGAAAACCCGCGACUGUUGUUUUCACGGAAUUCGCAAAGAAAUGCUCUGAGCGAUGGAAGGAGUUCCGCUGUCCUUUCGAGGACAACUGUAAAAGUGGAUGCCGUGACGAGAAGAUUCUGUCAACGAUGUCGUUUACGGAAGUGCUUCGACGUCGGCAUGAAAAAAGAAUGGAUUAUGUCGGAUGAAGAAAAGGUGAAGAAGAAACAGAAGAUCGAAGCCAACCGCGUUCGUCGGCUGCUUGACAAUGGGGUCGUUGCCUCUGGUUCAACCGACCUUUGGACGGAACGGAGACGAUACCCAUCCUCGGAAGCCUGUCAAAAUGGUAUCCGAAAUGAAAUAUAUUCUCGUGACGAGCAGCUGCAACAGAGGGCAUCUGUUGAUCCCGUAAUCAACAGUGGUGGUAGCACCAGCAGUAGCAUUGACAACAACGCCAUGAAUAACGAGAGUUUACUGAUGUCUUCUUUGUUAUCACCGCAAACGGAGGACGGUACCUGUGGUAGAUCAACUCAGAUGAAUUCGCAACAAGAAUCGGGAUCAAGUUACUAGCCUGGCAUUAAGAAGUCGUUCGGUCUUUUUCAGGAUUCGUAUUACUACCUUUUGAAAAGAUACUUGGAGUCGAUUUUGCCGGGAUGUGAGGCCAAAUCACAAUACCUACAGUUGAUCCACAGAGUUCAAGAGCUGCACUAUCUCAAUGAGAACCACGUUCGUGUGUAUCUGGAUACGAAUCCGAAAGAAGUGGAGCCGUUGUUGAUAGAAAUUUUCGACUUGAUGCGACAUCAGUCGUAA